AUGUGCAUGAGACAGAAUGGACAAAACAUGUUUAUUGGCGGAGGAUGUUUCUUUUCUGCACGAGUUUUUUAUUAUUGCCAUUCGCUGUCUUGUUGGCUUGAAAUUUAGCUUUCUGGUUUAGUUACCCUGAAAAAGAUUCACUGAACGCAGGUUGUGAUCUCCAGUAUUGUUGCCCAUCAUGGCAGGAGGCAUCACAGAGACCGGGGAGCUCUACUCCCCUUAUGUGGGCUUGGUGUACAUGUUUAAUCUGAUCGUGGGCACGGGGGCACUGACGAUGCCCAAGGCCUUUGCCCAAGCAGGUUGGGCGGUCAGCCUGGCGCUCAUCUCCUUCCUGGCAUUUAUGAGUUACAUGACCACUACGUUUGUGAUCGAGGCCAUGGCAGCGGCCAACGCUCAGCUGUGCUGGAAGAGGAGGGAGCAGGAAGAGGUCCAAGACAGCGACUCCACCUCUGAUUAUUCGGAUGAUGAUAUCCGGGGACGAUCAGAGCCAGAGAUGAGGCCCAUUUUGUCAGGCCAGCGAACAGGAGGAGGACACGUUGAUCACUUUGACAUUGUGGAGAGGGUAGAGAUGGGUCAAAUGGCCUCCAUGUUCUUCAACAAAGUUGGUGUCAACAUGUUCUAUAUCUGCAUGGUAGUCUACCUGUACGGAGACCUGGCCAUCUAUGCUGCUGCUGUGCCCAUAUCACUAAUGGAAGUAGCCUGUGGUAACCACUCAUGCAGUGCUGGCAGUGUGAAAUACGACGACACCGACUUGUGCUGGGGGCCUGUCACCAGGAAAGACGCCUACAAGGUGUUUCUGAGCAUCUUCACUGUGAUGUUGGGCCCUUUCGUCUUCUUCGAUGCUCAGAAGACUAAAUACCUCCAGAUCCUCACCUCACUCAUGCGCUGGAUCGCAUUCACCAUGAUGAUUAUCCUGGCUCUGAUCCGUAUUGGUAAAGGCCGGGGCGAAGGCCACCCCCGUAUGGCCCAGAUCUCGGGGGUUCCAAACCUGUUUGGAGUGUGUGUCUACUCCUUCAUGUGCCAGCACUCUCUGCCCUCCCUGGUGACGCCCAUCUCUGAUAAGAGGCGUGUGGGUACCCUGGUGGUGUGUGACUAUGUCCUCAUCCUUGGCUUCUACGGCCUGCUCUCCUUCACAGCCAUCUUCUGCUUCGACAGCUCGCUGCUACACGACAUGUACACCCUCAACUUCACUGACAACUGUGACGUGCUGGACAUCCCCGCUUUGCGCUACUUCCUGGGCCUCUUCCCCGUCUUCACCAUCAGCACCAACUUCCCCAUCAUCGCAGUCACGCUGCGCAACAACUGGAAGACCCUCUUCCACCGUGACGGGGGCACCUACCCCUGGGUGGUUGACCGCAUCGUCUUCCCCCUCAUCACCCUGGUACCGCCCAUCAUCGUGGCCUUCUGCACCCACAACCUGGAGUCCCUGGUGGGCAUCACGGGCGCCUACGCUGGCACGGGCAUCCAGUACAUCAUUCCCGCCCUACUGGUGUACUACGGCCGGCGCCACCUGGUGCCUAUGCUGGGCACGGACGAGGUCAACAAGCACCGGUCCCCGUUCCGCCACACCUUCUGGGUGUGGUUCGUAGUGGUGUGGGCUACCUUCUGCCUCAUGUUUGUCACAGCCAACAUCAUCCUGGAGGACACCAAGAAAUGAGGACACGGACUGACUGUGAAAGACCGGUUUCUCUGUGUGGGUGUCUUGUAUUUCUACAUUCUCUCUACCUGAGGCCUUCCAGAACAGUACAGGUUGGACGAUGUGCCUUUUUUAUGCUGCUCUUGUAGCAUGGGAACCCUUUUAAUUACAGCGGUAAUCAGCAGCUGAAACCAUUAUAAAGUGUCCUCCCCACCCCUGUGUCAGUACAAAGGAUGGGACUGGAGACAUGUAACCAUUAUAAAGUGUCCUCCCCACCCCUGUGUCAGUAAAAAGGAUGGGACUGGAGAAAUGUAACCAUUAUAAAGUGUCCUCCCCACCCCUGUGUGUCCAAACCUGUUUGGAGUGUGUGUCUACUCCUUCAUGUGCCAGCACUCUCUGCCCUCCCUGGUGACACCCAUCUCUGAUAAGAGGCAUGUGGGUACCCAUCCAAAGGAUGGGACUGUAGAAAUGUAACCAUUAUCAAAUUCAUAGACCGAGCUAUGCAUGUAAGGACUAGCCAUCCAUGAUAUCAAAAUGAUAGUUUUAACAAUGUUUUAAAGCUAUAUAGUGUUUAUUUACAUUUACUUUGUUUACAAACAGUUCCUGUUUCGGUAAAAAGCUUGAGGUUGGGGCUGGAGAUGUAAACCAUUAUGAAAUUCAUAGAUCAAGCUAUGCAUACAAGGACCAGCAUUCCAUGAUUUCACAAUUAUAAUUUUAAACAUGUUUUUAGGCUAUAUAGUGUUUAUUUACAUGUACUUUGUUUACAACAUUGGAGUACAACAAGCUUAUAUUAUAGGUACUGAUCAGUUUUGAGAGUUGAACUAAGCGGAUGAGGCAUUUAUUUAAGUUAUAUUCUUCAAGAAUCAAUGAGCACAUACAUUUAUUAAUUAUAUCAACUGCAGAUCACCCCUUUUAAGAGUAAUCUAUACCAUUUGUGGAAAGGGACCAAAUAUCUCGUGAUUGUAUGAAAGCUGCUACCGUAUGUAGGAACACAAGGAAGAGGACCUUGUUCACUCUGUUCCAGUGUCCCUCUGUAGAAAAAUACAAGCUGAACAAUCGGACUGUAUUAGCAAGGCAUUACACUACAACAGCACUGUUUUUAAGCAUAUACAAAGAGCUGGUCAACUUGUUCCAAAUGCCUAAUUUUAAAUCCAAAAUAACUGAAGGAAGGAUAGAGCAGGGAGGUGUCAGUGUUCCUCUGGACCUUCAGAAACAGUGCGGCUAAAGACAGAAUAUGCUGAAACUAUGGAGAGAGGAUGGAGAGUGGAGGAAAAAUAGAACCUGACAACUAACUCAACGCUCCUGUUCCUAAUGGCAAUGCAGAGAGACUUUAAUGUGGCUUUAAAAUGAACUUGGGAUGGUGAAAAAAGCAAGCUAAAUGAAUCUGUUUUAAUCAGUUUAUUAUGGCUGGUAUUUCUACAUUCCUCACUGGUGGCUCUGCCUCAGUUCUCCUUGUCUUCCCUGUGAACAAUGAACCUUUGUCCAUGACAGAUCCCUGACUGAUGGGCCUGAUGACAGAGCUCCGUCUCUGGUCAUCAGGAGACCGAUCUUGAGUUCAAACUGUACACAAACCACCCUCAUGUUUUACUGUUCACCACCAAAUCAUCAGCCCUUCAUCAACUCCAUGUCAGCACCCGACUGCUCUCUGUUGAACUUUGACCCCAGAUAGUUAUCAAUGGACACAGGAAGGUUUAUGUUGGCUACAUCACCAGGAGCCAACUGGUACAGUGUCUACUGUGCCACACAAAGACACCUCUGCAGUAGUCCCAGUAUAUCUCUUUUUGCAAUCACUGUUGGUUAAGGUCUUGUAAGUAAGCAUUACACGGUAAAGUCUACACUUGUUGUAUUCGGCGCAUAUGGCAAAUAAAGUUUGAUUUGAUUUUAACCAUCUGUCUCGUGCUCGCUCGUAACGAGAACUUCUCAGCUGGCUGAUUUGUCGUCAGCUCCUUACUUGAGGUUUUAUUAGAGUUUCCUGGUAGCUCAGUUUGAUCGACUAAUUAGAUUUUACUUCCAGACAUGUGGGAACAUCCUCUUCACCCCGAGCUCUGCUCAUGCUAAUGUCCACAUUAUACGCUUCUGUCUCCUCAUUGUCAUGUCCUCUGGUUCUAUAUAUCUAUAUAUAUAUCUCUGCUCUAUAGAAUAUAUAUUAUGUCCCAUUAUAGUCAUCAAGUUUGGAGCCCAACUACAGGAGUCAUACCUUUGUGAAGCAGUAUUGUUGUUGGGGAAUGUAAAUCAUGUUUUGUGGUGUAGGGUUCCAUAUUACAUGGUCACAUUUAGAAUAGUGGUUCUCUUUUACUAUGUAAGUGCUAAAGUAAUAGCUAAAGUGUAUCGUUAGCUGGCUGUCAUGAGCACACUGCUGGUCAAAAAGGGAAAUACUUAUUGCCAUUCAUGGUUUGCACCUGCAACAUUGCACAAGUUUGCACAUAAUUGCCUUGGGUUUGACCUUUUGUGUGUUUUACGUAGACUUUUGCAAAUGGUUUGAAGAUGUUGUAAGGGUUGAUAACUAUGGUAGUUAUCUAACAGUCUUCAAUGGUAUUCUUAACCCAUCAAUAUAUACAGCUUGACACUAUUUAAAAUGCAUUAGACUAAUAGUCAUGCAUUGUAGCAUAUUGAUGGCUGUACAGUAUUGUUGAGGACUAUUGAAUAAGAGGCCUCUGCAUGUUGUUGGUAUUGUGUGUGUUAGGACAGAAAAAGAGUGCUGACUAUUUCUGUAACACUGCUUCUCUCAAUCUUGGGUUCCUUCUCUUCAAUCUUGUGUUCCUUCUGGUAAUUAUUGUCAACAUUACAUUUCUGCAUGCAGCUCCUUCCAAAAUUCAGUAGUCAGUUGUUCCUUUAAGCCUCCAGAUUGUGAUGGAUAGUUACUCCUCUUCUUAUUUUUCCUCGUCUUCUUUUCAAUACAAAUGUGCAAUAUGCUUUGAACUGGGUUGGGGAAGUAAGAUUUCAAGUGAAUAUUGACUGUUUCUGAGAGUGUUUGUCUGUGUGUGUAUUCUUCUGUGUCAGUGUAUGUGUCACUUUGAAAAGAUUUUAAAUGCGUGUGUCUGACUCUUCUUUGGAGUUGUGAAAUGUGCCUUUUUCCCGGGGUUAUUGUUUCCAUUCAUUUGUUGACUGCUGUUUUUCCACGUUUUUGCACGUUUUUGUUUUAAGCAGCCUGUCAGAUAAGAUCUGCAUGUAAGCCAGUUAAAUGAACUGACAACCAAUGUCUCCUCAAAAUAAACUGGGAUAUCCUUGUCUUCUAAA